ACGCCGCAAGAGGUGGUGAAGAAGCACACGGGGCUGCUGCUGUCCAAGAGGAAGCCCCGGGGCUCCGAGUACGACUACAGCCGGGUCACGGGGCGCCACAUGCAGCACAUGCCGCCGUCCUUCGACUGGCGCGAGAGGGGCGCCCUCACCGAGCCCAGGAACCAGGCGACCUGCGGCUGCUGCUGGGCCUUUGCCGCGACGGCCGUCAUGGAGGCCAAGAACUUCAUCCGCAGCAAGACGCUCGUCGCGCUCAGCGAACAGAACCUGCUGGACUGCGACACGCUCAACGAAAAGUGCGACGGUGGGACGCCUUGGGACGCGUUCGACUGGAUCCAGUCCAACGGCGGCCAGGAGGAGAACGAGAAGUACCCUUACGAAGUGAUGCCCGACAAGUGCCGCCAGGACCCCAGCAGGAUAGUCAAGCUCCAGGUGCGAGGGUACAUGAUCGUCAGGCCCGCCGUCGAGGAGAACGUCAUGGGGGCCCUGCUCGCCGAGGGUCCCCUCACGAUCGCCGUCAACGCCAAUCCGGUCACUUUCCAGGACUACAAGGAAG